CCGAUAUUAAUCUAAUUUUUCCAAUUUAAUUUAUCUAUUUUAGUUAUUCCGUAUUUUGGAAUUUGGUAUGUAGACUGUUCUACUUCCGGUCGCCAUUCCGGAAACGUUACCCUGGAAUAUUUUAUUUAAAAUGCCUUCUCAUAAGCGUAGCAGAAAGGAAGAACGAUAUUAUGAUAAUCAAGAACAAGACAGAAAAUUUAUUGAUAAGAAGAGUGACAAAUUCGAUGAUAAAAGUCAAAGCAAAUAUGAAAAAGUCAAGAGAGAAAAAUAUGAAGAGAAACGGAGGCCAAAGAGACAAGAUAUGGAAAGUGAAUCAGAAACUUCUGAUGAUGAUGCAAGCAAUGAGGCACCAGUCGAGUCCUCUUCUAGUGAAGAACAGUCUGUUGAUGAGAGGAAUGACUCUUCUGAUUAUUCUGAAGAAGAAAACCUGCCCCCAGCAGACAAAGGCAAGGGAGUGAGAGGAGUUACAACUCCUAGCCCCCAUAGGGUUCGGAAACGUCACAAACAUACAGAAUCUGAUCAGGAAGAGUAUGUAUCAACAAGAAAAAUGGACAAAGCUCAGCGGUCACCCUCUUCUGAAUCAGAAGUAUCAUCUGAAGAACAAGAGACAUAUAAGAAAAAGAAAUCAAAAAAAGAGAAGAGAAAAAAGCACAAGAAAGACAAAAAACGUUCAAGAUCUUAUGAUGAGGUAGAUAUAGCAGCCGAUAGACAUUAUUCAGUCCAUAGACAUGAGCAUAGACACCGUUCUCAAAAGGAAGGGCAUCAUCAAAGGUCUCAUAGAGAUCAUGAGGAUAACUCACAUAGACGUGAACGGCACUCAAGGCACGAAGACAGGCACGCAAGAGAAGAUCGUCAUAGCAGAUGGGAAGAAGAAAUGGAACCCCAGAGAAGUAGUCGGGACCGCGAACAACCCCGACAUAUAAAACGGGAACCAAGGGAUAGUGGAUAUGAUCGUCAUGAAAGACAAGAUCCUAAUAUGGUCAACCAAAACUGGAGCCGCCAGCGUAAUGAUGACCGUCGACGUCAAAAUCGUCAACGUCGUGGGGAUGGUAACCCAUUUGAAAGAAAGGAAGAAUUUGAAUAUGGCAGACCAGAGGAUCGAAUAAAAGAUGAGAAAAAAGAUAAAAAUGACAAAGACAAACCAAAUUUUGAAAAAUCAGGAAAAUUAACUGAAGACACAAACACAUUCAGAGGAGUUGUUAUUAAAUAUAAUGAACCUCCCGAGGCUAGAAAGCCUAAAAAGCAUUGGCGAUUGUACCCAUUUAAAGGUGAAGAAGCACUUCCAGUAUUACAUAUUCACAGGCAGAGUGCAUUUCUAAUGGGACGUGAGCGCAAAAUUGCUGACAUACCUGUUGACCACCCAUCUUGUUCUAAGCAGCAUGCGGUGUUGCAAUUCCGACUUGUUCCAUUCAAACGUGAAGAUGGCACCAAAGGUCGAAGGGUACGUCCCUAUAUCAUAGAUCUAGGCUCAACCAAUGGAACACAUGUAAACAAUAAACGAAUCGAGCCUGAAAGAUAUGUGGAACUUAUCGAGAAAGAUGUGAUUAAGUUUGGAUUCAGUUCUCGAGAGUAUGUUCUCUUACAUGACAAAACUAAUACAGAUGAACUUUACGAGCAUGAGGAUCCCGGUGAAGAUUAGAGAACCUCACUGUGGUAUCUUUGAUCCUGAAAUAUCCAAACUAAAAACAACAUAAUAACUAUAACUUGCAUAACAUAUAGAUUUUGGCACAAAUCAUUUUUUUCUGUUUUUAUUGACAGUUUAAAAAAAUGCUACAUGGUAUUAGUCAAUAAGUUUCCUUUAGAAAAUAUAUUUGUGCUUGUAACUUACCAGUAAAAUUUUUUCAAGCAAUAGUUUUGACAGGAAAUAAGGCGUGUAUCAAAGUCUAUUGAUGAUGCAAAUUACAGACUAUUAUGAUUUUUGGAGAUUAAAGGCAGAAUCUGAUCUAUAGGAGGUGACAGAAUUACAAGCAACAUGAAUAAUUGACCUAACAAUCUCUUCC